CCCCCCUGUCUCGCCUCCGCCACUUGUCCGUCUCCAGCACUUCACUGCACCAGACAGGGUCAUUUUCGUCAUUCUGAUUAUCUCAUCUCAUCUCAUCUAUGCUCUUCUCCGUUUACCAUUUUUCCCAGUUUUGAUUGAUUGCAGUUUUCCAGUUUUUGUGAUGCUUCCCUGCCCAUUUCCUAGGGUUUCAGUUUCACAGUCGAUUUCUUGAAUUUGAAACGAAUCGUGGUGAGAGAGAAGCUGUGUAAGGAUCCCAAUUUUCGAGGUUAAUAUGCAGUUAGGGUUCCGAUUUACCGAAUCGGAGCAUGGAGUGCUUACCGACGCCCGCCAUCAAUGAACCUGCAAGAUUCGGACAAGUCGCGUCGUCUAUGGGGGAUGCCGAAAGCAGCAAGAGCAGCAGCAGCACGAGGACAAUAGAAAUGGAGAAUCUAUCGCUGGACGUUUCGACCAGCAAUUUUUCCAGAAACCUACUGCAGAGAUUCAUGGGCAGCUCCAGGGACGACGCCGGCGUCGGCGCCGGCGGGAGAGACGACAACGAGGACGACGAUGUAGAGUUAAAUCUUGGCUUGUCGUUAGGUGGGAGAUUCGGCGUCGACAAAAGUCCCAAAACAUCUCUUCUCCGAUCUUCAUCAGUAGCCAGCUGUUUACCCACGAUUCGCGACGACAGUGACGCGGCGGCGCCGCCGGCGCCGCCGAGUUCUUCCCUGGCGAGGACUUCUUCCCUCCCUGUCGAGACGGAGGAGGAGUGGAGAAAGAGAAAGGAGAUGCAGAGCUUGAGAAGAAUGGAAGCCAAAAGGAGAAGGUCAGAGAAGCAAAGGAACUUAAAGAUCGAUAAAGACGGCGGCGCCUCCGCCGCCGGCGGAUUGAGCUUGGAGGAACGGAAAGAAAUCGAAGUAAGUUUGAGGGGGAGAUUAGAUCGGGAGAAGACUCUGGCUGCAUUGAGAAGAUCAGCUUCCUCAAUCCGACCACACUUAAGGCUGUCCGAUUGGGCCGCCGGAAGCUCCACCGCCGGCGGAGGAAUUCCGGCGCCGGCGCCGGCCCAAAUGGUGUCGCAGGGAUCCCUGGAAUCCAAAGGAGGCAGCUCUUCCAGUGUCUCCGAUCUGGACAGUCGACCCAUGGCAGGAUCCAGCUGCGAAUUGGAUUCCUCCAGCAUCCAAUCCUUCCAAGAUUCCGGCAGCCACGACGCCGCCGCCGCCGGCGCGUCGAGAAGCCGGGGGAAUUCGAUGGAAGAAAUGCCUUGUGUGUUCACUAAAGGGGACGGUCCUAAUGGAAAAAGAAUCGAAGGAAUACUCUAUAAAUAUGGCAAAGGGGAAGAAGUUAGAAUAAUGUGCAUAUGCCAUGGGACCUUCCAUUCGCCGGCGGAGUUCGUACGGCACGCCGGCGGCACCGACGUCGAUCACCCCCUCAAGCACAUUGUCGUCAACCCGAACUCGUCGCCUCUGCAUUGACGCCAUUGUCGUCGACCUGUAAGCUCUUACCAUCAGUUUAAUAUUUCUUUUUUCUUAUUUGGAUUUGGUAUUGGAUAAAUAGUGCAUCAUGGACGAGGUAUUUAUCAUGCCAAAGGAGAAACUUUGGGAUGAUAGCUAUCAAUAAUAAUUUUUCUUUUUUUGGAAAUA